AUGGAUGAUGAACGUGGAGAACGCUUCUUGCGGACCAUGGAACCAAUGCUUUCCCGAAAUGGAAUCUGUUCAGAAUUCACAGAGAGACUCAAAGCCAACUGGCAGUUCAUUGACCUGUUUGACAUUCUCAAUGAAACACUGAGUCAUGUUCCUAUCUUCACUGAGAAGAAAACUAGCACAGUUGUUAUACAUGGAGAAAGUACAAAUGUUUUGUGGCUAGCCUCUGUUCUAGUGGUCACACUGUUUUAUCCAUUCACAGAUGAUGACUAUACAGGAAAGAUCACUGCAAGAAGAGUGUGGAUUUCAAUGGCUCAAAUUGAUUUCACUUUGCAUAUCUUUCACAAACCAGUUGGUAUGCGAAUGUUCCAUGGUGCUCUUUCCUUCACAAUUCAUUCAAAUGAGAUUCCAGACUUCCAAACAUUUCUUCAGACAAUCAGCCCUGCUUGGACAAGAGGUGAUGGCUUUAUCAGAGGGUUCUGGGAACAAGCCUUUGGAUGUUCUGUGCCCAGUCAUGGGGCAUCUAAGGUUUUGAAUGCAACAUGUAGUGGGGAGGAGAUGCUGCAGAGCCUACCCACACCUUUCUUUGAAAUGACCAUGACUGGCCAUAGUUACAGUAUUUACAAUGCUGUCUAUGCUCUGGCUCAUGCCUUCCAGACCACUUCCAGGUCUCCAUCCAGCCAUACAGCAAUGCUUGGAAUGAGGAGCUUGGCACCUCGAAAGGUGGAAUCCUGGCAGAGACACCGUACGGAGUCCAGAGUUAUUAUUUUCCCUGUAAUUGUUGAAAUGAUGGCAUUUAAUUCACCAGAUCAAGCCUCCAGUGGCUUUCCAGAAGGCACUAAUGAAAGGAAGACCAGAGUGGAAUCUUCCAUGGAUGCAACAGUAGUGCAGCAGCACACGUGCCACUCACAACUCAGCGUGAUCACCAAGUUCUUCCAGCACAUUCUGGCAUUGGUCUUUGCUGUUAAUGAGAUCAAUAAGAAUCCUGACAUCCUGCCCAACAUCACCCUGGGCUUCCACAUCUAUGACAGCUACUCCGAUCCAAAGAUGACCUACCGGACCAGCCUGGAUAUGCUCUUCAAGUCACAUCAGAUGGUCCCCAACUAUCAAUGUGGCACACAGCAAAAGCUCAUUGGAGUCAUAGGUGGACUGAGUGCUGAUGUCUCUGCAUGCAUGGCCAAUAUCCUUGGGCCUUACAAGAUACCCCAGUUUUCAUAUGGUUCAUUUCAAAUAGCAGUGAGUGAUGAAUCCCCUUCGCCUUCCUUUUACCGCAUGGCCCCCAAUGAAGCUCUUCAGUACCAUGGGAUUGUCCAGAUACUUCAAUAUUUCCACUGGAAAUGGAUAGGACUCAUCACGAUUGAUGAUGAACGUGGAGAACGCUUCUUGCAGACCAUAGAGUCAAUGCUUUCCCAGAAUGGAAUAUGUUCUGAAUUCACAGAAAGACUAAAAGCCAACUGGCAGUUCUUUGAGAUGGAAGUUCUUACAGAAACUUUAAGCCAUGUUCAUAUCUUCACUGAGAAGAAAGCCAAUGCAGUUGUUAUACAUGGAGAAAGUACAAAUGUUUUGUGGUUAGCCUCUGUUAUAUUGAUCACAGUGAUUUAUCCUUUGACAGAUUAUGACUAUACAGGAAAGAUCACUGCAAGAAGAGUGUGGAUUUCAAUGGCUCAAAUUGAUUUCACUUUGCAUAUCUUUCAAAAGCCUCUCCAUUCAUUGAUUCAAAGAAUCCCAUUUAACAACAAUGCUGGAGAUGAGAUUAGAUUUAAUGAAUAUGGAGAGUUGGUGGGUGUAUUUGAAGUCAAGAAUUUGGUCACUUUCCCAAACAAUUCCUAUGUGCGGGUCAAAGUUGGAAGCCUGGAUCCUCUUGCUCCUCCAGGCAAACAAUUCAACCUCAAUGAGACACAAAUCCAGUGGCCAAGAGACAUGACUCAGGUGCCACCACUUUCUCUGUGUAAUGAUAUGUGUGCUCCAGGAUACAGCAAGAAGAAGAUAGAAGGGGAGAAAUUUUGUUGCUAUAACUGUGCCCGAUGUCCUGUUGGGAUGUUCUCAGACAAGGAGGAUACGGAAAACUGCAUGAAUUGUCCAAAAGGUCAACAUGCCAGCACAGUGCAGAAUCAAUGCAUUCCUAAGAUUACAAACUUCUUAGCUCUGAAUGAAACUCUGGCCAUCAUUUCCGUUUCUUCAGCGUUUCUGUUCUCUUUAACCACAGUUCUGGUGCUUGGCAUCUUCAUUAGGCAUCGAGACACUGCCAUCGUCAAAGCAAACAACCAGUGCCUCACCUACAUACUCCUCAUUUCCCUCCUCCUCUGUUUUCUUUGCUCCUUGUUUUUCAUUGGAAAGCCUAACACUGUGUCCUGCCUUCUGCGACAAGCUACUUUUGGCAUGGUCUUCUCUGUGUGCCUCUCCACCAUCCUGGCAAAAACCAUUUCGGUGGUGCUGGCCUUCAUGGCAACCAAACCAGGAUCCCAGAUGAGGAAGUGGGUGGGGAAAAGACUGGCCUAUGCCAUUGUCUUCUCCUGCUCCAAUAUUCAAGCAGGCAUCUGUGCUCUGUGGCUGGCAACCUCUCCCCCAUUCCCAGAUUCAGACAUGCACUCCAUGUCUACAGAAAUCAUCCUGCUAUGCAAUGAGGGUUCCGUCCUCAUGUUCUAUUGUGUCUUGGGCUACAUGGGUUUCCUGGCUGGAGUCAGUUUUGUACUGGCCUUCCUGGCCAGGAAGUUGCCUGACAGCUUCAAUGAGGCCAAGUUCAUCACCUUCAGCAUGCUGGUCUUCUGCAGUGUGUGGUUGUCCUUUUUCCCAACCUACCUCAGCACAAGAGGAAAGUCCAUGGUGGCCGUGGAGAUCUUCUCCAUCUUGGCCUCCAGUGCUGGCUUAUUGGGCUGCAUAUUCUUCCCCAAAUGCUAUAUUAUUGUGCUGAGACCUGAGCUCAACAACAAGGAGCAGCUCAUGCAGAGAAAGAUAUAA